AUGGAGCCAGACGUGAGUAUAGAAAGCGGAUGUAUGAUAAGAAUCGCUGUAGUACCAAUCGGAAAGAUCCCACAGGCAGAGCUAAGAGAGUAUAUUUCCAUGUUAUUCCGGCAUAGCAAAGUGGAACUCUCAGCCAUCAGCUCUUUCUACACAGAACACCAGAAAAGUCCUUUCUCACACCAACCUUGGGACAAUGGAAGUCUCAGAUUCAAAUUCGUGAUUGGUGGUGCUGCUGGUGGUGUUGUUGGGUCACCAUGGGAGGAUUUCCAGUCUAAUCGUAAGAUCUUAGCUGUUAUUGGUCUAUGUCAUUGCCCGUCAUCUCCAGAUCUUAAUCUUGUCUCUGAGCAGUUCUCAGCUACUUGUAAAGGUUAUACUUCUGCGCUGGUUGAGCGGUGCUUUGCGUUUUUCCCGGGCGAUUCUCAGUUAGAGAAUGGGAGCAAAAGGGGUAACAAUUUGGUCUUGUUCCCUCCUUCUGAUCAGCGAACUCAAGAAUUCCACUUGAAUACGAUGGUACAAGACAUUGCGGCCUCAUUGUUAAUGGAAUUUGAAAAAUGGGUUCUUCAAGCAGAAUCGGCUGGAACGAUUUUAAAGACACCUUUAGACUCUCAAGCCAGUCUCAGCUCAGAGGAGGUAAUCAAGGCUAAGAAACGAAGGCUGGGAAGGGCUCAGAAGACCAUAGGAGACUAUUGUUUAUUGGCAGGGUCACCAGUUGAUGCUAAUGCACACUAUUCCACAGCAAUAGAACUUGCAAGGUUAACGGGGGAUUUCUUCUGGUAUGCUGGGGCUUUGGAAGGAAGUGUGUGCGCUUUACUGAUGGAUCGAAUGGGUCAAAAAGAUCCGGUUUUGGAGGAGGAGGUGAAAUAUCGCUAUAACACGGUCAUCGUGCAUUAUAGAAAGUCAUUUAUGCAAGACAACGCUCAAAGAGUUUCGACCCUGAGCUUUGAACUAGAGGCAACUCUUAAAUUGGCCAGAUUUCUUUGCAGACCUGAGCUAGCUAAGGAGGUGGUAGAGCUGUUAAUGACUGCUGCAGAUGGUGCAAAUUCCUUGAUUGAUUCCAGUGAUCGUCUAAUAUUGUAUGUUGAAAUAGCUCGUUUGUUUGGGACACUUGGUUAUCAGCGCAAAGCUGCAUUCUUCUCAAGGCAGGUUGCUCAGUUGUAUUUUCAACAAGAUGAUUGCUUAGCUGCUAUCAGUGCCAUGCAAGUGUUGGCAAUUACGACAAAAGCGUACCGUGUCGAAAGCAGAGCAAAUAGCUCGAAGUCACCUUCUCUAUCUAAUGAAAUUAGGUUGAAUCCUAUUGGCAAUGGAAAAGUGCAUCCGCAGUCUGUAGUCUCGCUGUUUGAAUCACAAUGGAGCACCCUGCAGAUGGUUGUACUGAAAGAAAUACUACUUUCUUCUAUACGUGCUGGAGAUCCUUUAGCUGCAUGGAGUGCGGCAGCUCGUUUGCUUAGGUCUUAUUACCCUCUCAUUACGCCUGCUGGGCAGAGUGGCCUAGCUAGUGCCCUUGCAAAUUCUGCAGAGAGGCUACCAUCAGGAACUCGCUGUGCAGAUCCUGCCCUACCUUUCAUAAGGUUACAUUCGUUUCCUCUCCAUCCUUCCCAAAUGGAUUUAGUAAAGCGCAAUCAGGGUAAAGAAGAAUGGUGGCUGGGUUCUGCUCCUUCUGGACCUUUCAUUUACACACCAUUUAGCAAAGGAGAGCCGAUAGAUAGCAGCAAGCAGGAUGUGGUUUGGAUAAUAGGGGAACCUAUUCAAGUGUUGGUUGAGUUGGCGAAUCCUUGUGGUUUUGAUUUGAUCGUCGACAGCCUUUAUCUUUCUGUCCACUCUGGAAAUUUUGAUGCUUUUCCCAUAAGUGUGAGUCUUCCACCCAAUUCAGCAAAGGUGAUCACUUUAUCAGGGAUUCCAACUGCAGCAGGCUCAGUGGCGAUUCCUGGCUGCAUUAUCCACUGUUUUGGUGUUAUUACAGAACAUCUUUUCAGGGAUGUUGAUAACUUGCUCCUUGGAGCAGCACAAGGGCUUGUGCUUUCUGAUCCUUUCCAUUGCUGUGGCUCCCCGACUUUAAGAAACGUAUCAAUUCCGAAUAUUUCUGUGAUACCUCCUUUACCUCUGCUUGUGUCUCAUGUGGUUGGAGGCGAUGGUGCAGCGAUCUUGUAUGAGGGUGAAAUUCGUGAUGUGUGGAUUAGAUUAGCAAAUGCAGGAACAGUUCCUGUUGAACAAGCACACAUAUCACUCUCAGGCAAAAAUCAAGAUGCUGUUAUUUCUGUUGAAUACGACAUUAUGAAAUCAGCUCUUCCAAUAAAACCAGGUGAGGAAGUGACAAUACCUGUUACUAUAAAAGCCUGGCAACUUAGCAUGGGAGAUCCUGAUUAUGCUGCUGGCAAAAAUACCUACGGAAGCAGGGUGCCAAGGAAUGGAAGCAGUCCCAUGUUGGUAAUUCAUUAUGCAGGGCCACUUGCUCUUCCUGGGGAAGCCUCAGCGGAUGGGUCUGCUGUCCCCCCUGGUAGACGUUUAGUCGUGCCUUUGCACAUUUGUGUUUUGCAGGGCCUGUCUUCUGUAAAGGCGCGUUUGCUUUCAAUGGAAAUUCCUGCUCAUGUAAGUGAAACGCUUCCAAAACCAGCUUAUGUGGAGGAAAGUUUGAUUGAAGAACACGCUUUUCCUGGAAAUACGACUGAUAGCUUGGUAAAGAUUGACCCCUAUAGGGGCAGUUGGGGUCUACGCCUUCUUGAACUGGAGCUGUCCAAUCCAACUGAUGUUGUAUUCGAAAUAAGCGUAUCUGUGCAAGUGGAAAAUCCAAGUAAAGAGGAUAGCUCGACUUCUGUCGAGCAUGAUGUUGCUGACUUUGGUUACCCCAAAACUAGAAUUGACAGGGAUUAUUCUGCAAGAGUAUUGAUUCCAUUGGAGCAUUUUAAACUUCCUGUUCUUGAUGGAUCCUUUUUCUUGAAGGAUUCUUCAAACAUAGACGAAACAAUUGGUAGCAGAAAUUCAAGUUUUUCGGAGAAGAAUAUGAAGGCUGAACUAAAUGCUUCUAUCAAGAAUUUGAUUUCUAGAAUAAAAGUCAAAUGGCAAUCUGGGCGAAACAGUUCGGGGGAAUUGAAUAUCAAGGAAGCAAUACAAGCAGCUCUGCAAACAUCUGUCAUGGAUAUACUGCUACCAGACCCGUUAACAUUUGGAUUCAGGCUGAAUAAAAAUGAGACUGUACCUUCCGAUCAUUUGGGUUCCCCAAAAGAACCCACCCUUGAACUUAACUCGAAAGGCUGCAGAGGCUCUAUAUUAGCUCACGGCAUGACUCCCAUGGAGAUUCUUGUUCGUAACAACACAAGGGAAUCGAUUAAGAUGAACCUAAGUGUUACUUGUAGAGAUGUAGCUGGGGAGAAUUGUAUUGAAGGUGACAAAGCUACUGUCCUUUGGGCCGGAGUUUUGAGUGGGAUCAGUGUGGAAGUUCCGCCUCUUGAAGAAAUCAAGCAUUCUUUUUCGAUGUAUUUCCUUGUACCUGGUGAGUACACAUUGCUGGCUGCUGCUGUGAUUGAUGAUCCGAAUGACAUCCUCAGAGCCCGCGCUAAAACUUCUUCUGAUGAACCUGUCUUUUGUCGUGGACCUCCUUUCCAUCUACUUGUCCUCGGCACUGCUUGAUACCAUCAUCAUUUUUUCUCUUCUUUUUUUUGGGUGGGCGGGUGGGAUGGGGAGGAAGUGAGUUGCUUGCUGUGAUGUUUUUUUGUCAUUAUGGUUUGGGUGUCAGUUAUGCCCAUUUAGUAGUUAGUACGGGAGCUUGUAAAUGUAGAAGAAAAAAGGUUAUCCAUUCUGCCGGAGACCUAUUUGAAGCACCUCAUUUAUGUAUUGGUGCGGCAUUCUUUAGAACACAAGUAUUUUGAGAAAGAAAAAUGUAUAAUUCAUAGUGUUUGUUCAGCUA